AUGCGCGUGCUGCGAAAGACGAGUUUUCUGGCUGCCCAGGUCCGGAACUCAAGCGGAAAGGCCAGCCCAACUCUUCGAACAUGGCCGACGCAGUCUGUGUAUCGCAGUCCGGUUGUAAUUGUUUCCGCCCAGAGGCGUCAUAUGUCGGAUAGCCCAGCAAGUGUACAGAAGGACACCCAAUCGAAACACAUGGACUACCACGGUGCCUGCCACUGCGGCGGGAUAAAAGUUCAUCUACGGACCCAGAAGACACCAUCCGAGCUCGGAGCAAGGGCCUGCCAGUGUGGCUUCUGCAGGCUGCACGGCGGAUCGUUCACUUCCGAUGCUGCAGGCGCCUUGAGCAUCAAAACUGCCGGCUCCGUCAAUCGCUAUCGUAUGGGGACAGGUACAGCGGAGUUCCUCAUCUGUACGAAUUGUGGCGUUGUUCCUGCAGCGACGUGGAAACGUGACGAUGGGAGGUUGCUCAGUGUUGUGCGCGUGCAGUGCUUGGACAUACGGGAUGAGCUUGAGAAGUACACAAAGAAGUGGAGUCUCGAGCAUGAACUGGAUAAUCCUGAAGAGCGGUUUAAGCGGCGGUCGCGCACUUGGACGCCUACGGAAAUUGAACAGUGA